CGAUCGCACUAUCGAUUCUUAGAAAUCGAAAAGCGGAGUGGUCACACUGCACCGAAAUUUGACUUUUGCGCUAACGGAAGCGAAGCGAAGCGAAUUACAGGAUAAUAAGUAAAACUUGACAAUAAAAGGAAAUGCUGGCCACGACACAACGACCGCAGUUGACCAAAAUGCGAACUAGCGCGGAGGCGAUGGCCUGCAUGGCCCGGGAAAAGGCGCCUGGACAGGUAAUGGCCGCGCAACAAGUGGCUCCUCCUACGCUCAACAACAACAACAACAAAGACCUGGCCACCAUUAUGGAUGCGCUGCAGACGGACUACGGGAACUACAAGUACACGGUGUACCGGUGUGCCAGCAAGUUUGUGGCCUUGCAGAAGGUCUUUCACACUGGAAAGAUACCGUACAAGCUGCUGCUGGCCAUAUUGGAGCGGCAUGGAAUGAACGGCAGCUGGGAACUGAUGGUGCCACCCUUCCAGCUGACCUCGCUGCUGCACGACGUCUACUUUGCCUGCGAGAAGCUGGGACACUUUGCUCAGGAUAGCUGCUAUCAGCUGGACAGGGCCACCGGGAUGCUGGCCAACUUUUUCUGGAACGUCUACGAUCCACAACGCCGCCAUUCGAUCUCCCUGCUGGAGAUCAAGAUAACCUUCAUCUUGCUCUGCAAGCUGUACAGCAGCGAUCACCUGGUUGGCGACUUCUUUGGCCUGCUGGCCGAUCCCAAGACACAGAUCAUGUCGCGCUACGCCUUCGAGCAGCUCCUGGCCACGCUGAGCAAGCUGCUCAGCUAUCUGGGCGAGGCCAAGGCCUAUGGCUCGCACAAUCUGUCCUUGAUGAUGGAGCAGUGCUUUGCCCGGUGUCCCCAUGGCAUGGCCGGUCUCGGCGAGCAGCAGUUCCAUAAGCUCUGGACGGGCGCCGGUCUUCAGACGCGCUUCCUCAUCUACGGCAAUCUGUUGGCCCUGAUCAAGCGCAUCGAGGACACGGAGCACUUGAUACAUGGCAACUGUUGCGCUGGCUGCCGCAAGGAGAACAUCGUGGGGAUUAGGUUUCGCUGCCAGGUGUGCCGAGACAUCUCGCUGUGCCUGCCCUGCUUUGCGGUAGGCUUUGCAGGCGGCCGUCACGAGCCCAGCCAUCGAAUGUGCGAGGUCUUUGUGGAGGAUCAGCCGCGGCAGCGGUGGACACGGCAUUUGGCCAGGCUUUGCGGUUGGUUGUGGGUGCCGCGGCGCAAGACGGCGCAGGAGGAGGAGCGUCGGGGCUUCUGCCAUGCCCAGGAGAGUGGAGCCGCCGCUGCCACGCCCAUACCCAUACCCGCCGAAACGCGAAGUCUACACGAGAGGGAGCAGCAGCAGCAGCAGCAGCACAGCAAGCAGAAGGAGAUCCUGCAGCAGCAGGAGCUGUGUUCCCUCACUGGAAUGGCCAGCAAGGCCUCGGGCCAGCUGCAGUGCAUCAUUGAUCGUCUGUUGCAGCAGAAUGCGAAACUGGAAACACAGCUGGCAACGGUGGCCACCUCGUCCAGCUCGGAAAUCUCCGAGUUCUUAAGUGCCCACCAAAGGUUCCUGCUGCAAAUCAUUGAGGAUAUGCGGCAGCUAUCGCGCUCUUCCACGCCAGGAGGCACAGCCCCAGCCACAGGUCUGGCGCCGACUCUAGCUCCGGCUCCUUCAUUAUCCACUGCCUUGGUUAGCUCCACCUUCCUGAGCUCCAGCACACCGCAGAGGCAGCAGCUCUUCGAUAUGUAUGCCCCUGUGGGAGCCAAUCUCACGCACUCAAUAAAUGGCGCCGACCUGAAUCGCAGCUAUUUGGAGGCCAACAAGUCGGAUUACUCCCUGAAUGACAUCAGUUUGUGGUUUGAUCAGCGUCGCGCCAGCCAGGGGCCAGGCUCACUGCCUCUCGCUGCCCUGUUGCCAGGAGGAGGAGGAGUAGUAGCAGCUGCUCCACCAGGAGGAGAUGGCAUGCUUAACUUUAAGCUGCUGGUGCACAAGGUCAAGGAGAUUGUGGAGGAUUCCUACAGCGACAAUGCCGAACUAUCGGCGGCCACACAGAAUCUGGAGAAUGUCCUGGACAGCAUCAUCAAGGGUGAGGAGCAGCAGCGACGCCUGAGCACGUGAGGAGAAGCGAGAUUCAGAUUUCAGCCAGACCAAGUCAAGGAAUUCCUGUUUUUAAAUUGUUUUUGAAAAAUGUAAUAUUUAAGUUGUAAGCUUUUAUUUUUUAAACAAAGGAGUCGGACGAGAUCGCAAUAUCAUAAA